CGAAGCUGUCAUCGACGAGGGUGUACGAUUCAGUCAGAUUUGACAGGGGACCUGCAUUGCCACGUGGUUCUGGCUCGCCCCGGAUCGGAUCGGAUUUUUUGAAGGGAAGAUUGGCGCCCUUUCCGUAUCCUUAAGGGUCGGCUUCGCACCUUGCGCCAGGCCGUCCACCAUCGUAUGAUCCUCCUCCCACGCAGAGCCGCCAACAUCUCACUACCCUUUCUGACAUCCAUAGCUAGACUCGGCCCACUUUGGCUCGUUCCUCGUCGCACUUUCUCCACCUCUUCAGCUCGUCUCGCCGGUCGUGACCUCUUCGAAGAAGCUCGGCUUGAGCUCAACUUUUACAAGAAGAGGGCAGAAAUGGGUGAGAAGUACGCAGGCUGGAGCAGCGGUCAGCUCCUUGCGCGGAUACAAGAGUUGGAGAGUGCUGUCGGGGAGCGACAAGUGGGAAGCUCUUCUUCCUCUUCUUCCGCUAUCCCUAAUGGCCAUGCUAGUGAGCCUCGUCAGUCUCGCACAGCUGGGGAACCUUCAACUCUGAAUGCCAGUGCAGGUCCAGCCGUGGCUGCUAGAUACCUCUCUCAAGACCCUCCGCGACGUCUAGGCAAGACAGGGGGCGUCUCGGCCAAGCGCCAGGAGGGCCGGACGUUCGACGUCUCCAACCUGCCUGUGCGGAAGAUUGCCCUUCGCUUCGCUUACGAUGGAGCCAACUAUUCCGGCCUGGCCCAGCAAGGGGACGGCAUCCCUGAUUCGGCUUCGUCGGCCAAGGCUACCAACACCAUGCCCACUGUAGAGGCGCUCUUAUGGAAUGCCCUCUGUAUGGCUCGGCUAGUGGACCCAGCCAAGGGUAUGGCAGGUGCUGGCUGGAGCAGGUGUGGGCGGACAGACCGAGGAGUGAGCGCUGCAGGCCAGGUGGUAGCACUCUGGGUCCGGAGCAGGAAAGUGGACGAGAGGGAGAUGAGACGGAAAGAGGAGGAGCGGUUAGAGGUCACAGAGGCUGCUGGUGGGAUGAAAUACACCAGAGUAGGGACAGCGGAGGCCGAGGAGGAAGACGAGGCAGCGCUGGCGGACCUUGCCGAGGAAGAGCGCCUCGAAGAUGGUGACACCCAAGCCUCCUCUUCGAAUCUCAUACCUGGAGUGUCGUCCUCAUCGCCCGAGCUUCCGUACAUUCAGUCUCUCAACAAACUUCUUCCCGAAACAAUUCGAGUCCUCGGCUGGUCUCCUGUACGGCCCUCCUUCAAUGCUCGCUUCGACUGCCGCUAUCGUCACUACAAGUACUUCUUCACUUCUGGACCCCCAGACCACCUCCUCCCUCCACAAGGCCAGUCAGCAAGAAGGAUAGCGCCUCCGAAGAUGGACAUUGAUGCUAUGAGGGAGGCAGCUAGCUACUUUCUAGGCGAGCACGACUUUCGGAACUUCUGCAAGGUGGAUGCGAGCAAGCAGAUCAAGAAUUUCAGGAGACGGAUAGACGGAGUCUCCAUCGAUGAGGUCGAGUCUGGAUGGCCGAGCGCUGGUUCAAUAGGAGUUCUGCAAUCCCAGAAAACAGGAGAAGGAGGGGAGGCAAUGUACGUCCUCAACCUGCGAGGUACAGCUUUCCUCUAUCAUCAGGUCAGACACAUCAUGGUCGUUCUCCUCCUCGUCGGCGCCGGGCUAGAGAAGCCCAGCAUCGUCAAGGAGCUGCUCAACAUCCAUAAUGGUGCCUGGCAAGCGGACAAGGCGUGGCUGAGGGCUGCAGGUGUCAGAAGCUCCAGGUCGAGGGCGGUGGAGCUUCCGGGGAGCACGGCUACAGAGCCCGACGGAGCUACCGCCAACACUUCCAGUCCGCGUCUGAAGGCUCUACGACUCGCCACUGAGACCACGUCUCCUGGAGAAGAGUUGUUCUCAGAAUCAGACGAGGAUGCAGAUCUGCUCGUGUACGACCGCAAGCCCGGCUACGAGAUGGCUGCCGACCGGCCACUAGUGCUAUGGGAGUGCGGUUUCCGCCCGCGUGACAUUGCCUGGCGUACAGGUCCUUACGAUGGGCCUCUGCCAGGCUCUGGCUCGGGCUCGGGUGGAAGCCUGGGCGGAAGCACGAGCGAUCGGGUCUCCAUGUCCUCAGAGCAAGUCACAGGCGAGACGGAGUUCGCCAUGGGUAUCAGCAAUGACCUCUACCGCAUCUGGAACCAACAUGCCAUCUCUGCUGAGCUCACUCGACACUUCUUUCUUGCUGCCGCCUCGCCCGCGGCUGCGAGCACUGGGACUAAAAGUGAAGGACGAAAGGGCCCAGUAGGUGUUCCCGCCGGCACCUUCUAUCAAGACGCCCGCUGGCCAGUUCCAGGAGGAGCUCCUCGAACUCUCCCUUCUACCUCCCCAUCUCCACCUCAAUCUACCAUCCCACCUCAAUCUGCAAUCCCACCUCAAGCGCAAGCGCCAGCGCACGCACGCGCCGCGCCCUCUCUCCCCUUUGGCAACGGUGUUCAUCGCCCCGUGGUGCAGUGGAAGGGAUUGGCCAACAGGCAACGUGAGGAUACGCCUGAAGAGAAGAAUGAGAGGUGGGUGAAUGGAAAGGGAAAGAGGAAAGCAGAGGCAAAGGCUGUGGCAAAGGCUGAGGCAAAGGCAAUUCUUGAAGCUGGAAAGGAGAUGGGAAUGGGGGAUGGAGACGAGUGUUGAGGUUGAGGCUGAAGCUGAUGGGGGUGGGAGGGGAGGGGAGAAGAGUGAGUGAGUGAAUGGAGGAGAGUAUGGUAGCACGAUGUUCACUGUGUUGCUACUGGGAUGAUGUGAUAAGAAAUAAAUUUUGGGUAGAUAGACCACAGUAGCGUCCGCUCCUCUCCGCCCCGUUCCACAUCAUAUCGCAUCGCUCUAUUGUGCCUCAUGUAAAUCUCCAGCUUCCCCUCUCCUCCUCAACCAUCCUCCUUGCCAAAUCCAUG